UUAUACUUCAUGUGGAAUAUAUUUUCUUCUAUUAGCUAUUUCUGAUUCUCUGGCAUUAAUUGGUGGUCUUCAUCAUUGUUUGGUUAUUGGUUAUAAUGUACAAGUUCAAACAGCAGCAUAUUGUCGUGCAAGAAAUUUUAUUUUUUAUACAUCAGCAGAUCUUAGUUCAUGGAUGAUUGUUAGUAUUUCAAUUGAUCGUUUUUUAAAAGUUAAAUCUCCAAUUAAAUCACGAAAAUAUUGUACGAGAAAAUUAGCUAUUAUCAUAUCGUCUAUAUUAUUUAUCAUAUUUUUAGCAAAAAAUGUUCAUUUAUCAACACCAUUUAUUGGAGAUUUUUCUCCUGAUGCAGCUGAUACUUGUGAUCCAGAUAAAAAAUAUCCAAGUUAUAUUUAUUUUUUUCAUAAUGUAUGGCCAUGGAUAGAUUUGAUAACAUUUGCUUUAAUACCAUUUAUUCUAAUAUCUAUUUCAAAUAUUUUUAUUAUUGUUGAUCAAUAUAAACGACGUUUAAAAUUACGUAAAAGAAAUUUAGAUUUAUCAUUAAUUACACUUUUAUUGACAUGUUCAGGAACAUUUAUUAUAUGUAAUUUACCAAUAACAGUUUUAGGUGUUAUAUAUCAAUACAUCUCGAAAUCAUUUGAUACUAAGUCAAACUAUGAUAAUACAGCAUUU